AUGUCAUCGGGCCCGUGGACCAACAUACAAUCCAUUUGCGUCGAAUUACGAUUGCAUGGCGGUGAAAACGGAGAAUAUGUCGAUAUGGAGUUUUAUUCAAAGCGAAACAGGACGGUGGCGGGUAAAAUGGAAAAAGAAAAAGAAUUAAAACGAAUGCCGAACAGAGACGAUAAAUCCUCGUCGCUUGUUCAGACACGUAUAUAA